AUGGAUCAUUCAUCGCUGCUGCCGCAGCAGGCCGCAUCAAGGUCGCGAACGGCCUUCGCGUACGUCCCCCUGACGCUCACCUUGGGAUUAUUCACCUUCCUUUUCUUCUCGCGCCUCGCUUACGAAUCGCGCGACGCGGGUUCGUCGGUGGACGGUCGCAAUGAGGACGGAUUGAGCAGCGGGUUUCUGCCGAAGCUCUUCUCGCUCGUGUCCAAUGAGAGCCUCGCUUUGCACCUUCGGGAGCUCACCGCCAAGCCGCACAUCGCGGGCACCCCCGAAAACUUUGAGACUGCCCGUUAUGUCAAGGAGAAAUUCGAGUCGUACGGCCUGCGGGCGCACUACGCGGACUACCCCGUGCUUCUCUCCUACCCACUGCGCCAGUCGCUCCGCCUCGUGCGCCCCGUCGCGCGCAACUUCUCGCUGCGCGAGCAGCCCGUCCACGGCGACCCGUUUAGCGCCUCGCGCGCCGCCACUGAUCCUUUUAACGCGUACUCCGGCAGCGGGAGGGUCGGCGGGGGGGUCCGGGGGAGGGUGGGCGGAAAAGGGGCGGGAGAGGCGGAGGCGGAGGGGGAAGGAGCGGGGGAGGCGGAGGGAGCGGCGGUGGUGUAUGCGAAUUAUGGGCGCGAGGAGGAUUUCGAGGCGCUGGUGGCGGCGAUUGGGGAGGAGCAGGUGAAGGGUACAGUGGCGCUGAUUCGUUAUGGGAAGACUUUUAGAGGGGAUAAGGUUCGGAAUGCGGAGAGGCUCGGCGUGGCAGCAGUGCUGCUGUACUCCGAUCCAGCAGACUAUGCUCCAGAGGGCACGGAUGACGCGCAUGUUUACCCGCAGCAGCAAUGGCUGCCCGUCACUGGCGCCCAGAGAGGCACCAUCUACACAGGCAAGGGCGACCCUGCCACCCCUGGUUGGCCGUCCCACCCAGGCGGGGAGAGAUUGAGCGACGAGGAAACAGCCAAGCGCCUUCCGCGCAUCCCGGUGCUGCCGGUGGGGUAUGCGGUGGCGGGGAGCAUCAUGGCGCACAUGGGCGGGAGUGCCGUGCCAGAGGAGUGGCGCGGCGGCAUGACAGACGUGCAGUAUGUGUUUGGACCUGGGCCUGCUGCUGUUGACCUGGACGUGCAGAUGAACGCCACAGUGACCACCAUCCGCAACGUCAUCGGUGUGCUGCCAGGCUCCCACCAGCCGGACAGGUACAUCAUCCUGGGCAACCAUCGCGAUGCGUGGGUGUUUGGUGCCGCGGAUCCCAACAGCGGCACCACCUGCUUGCUCGAGGUGGCGCGUGCGUUUGGCCACAUGGCAGCGCAUGGUUGGUCGCCUCGCCGCUCACUUGUGUUUGCCAGCUGGGAUGCUGAGGAGUACGGAUGCCUGGGGUCAACCGAAUGGGCGGAGGACAAUGCGCCGGUGCUGGCAACGUCAGCCAUGGCGUACAUCAACGUGGACGUGGCGGUGGGGGGAGGGGGCUUUCAUGCCUCCGCCACCCCUCAGCUUGAUGACCUCAUCCGUGACGUCAGCAGUCAGGUAGCCAAUCCUGACGGUCCAGCUGGCGAGUCGAUAUUGGAGGGGUGGGCGGCUGAGCACAACGCGUCAGAGCCUGAGUUGGGGCGGUUGGGAGGGGGAGGCAGCGACUUUGCAGCAUUCCUGCAGCACCUUGGGAUUGCCGCUGCUGACACCCACUUUGGAGGAUCCUACCCCAUGUACCACAGCAUAUACGACAACUACCAUUGGAUGGCCACGUUUGCCGAUCCACUCUUCAAGCGCCACGUGGCAGUCACCAAGAUGAUGGCUGGUGUGGCUGCCAGGCUGGCAGGCGACCACCGCCUGCCCUUCAACUACUCCGCCUACGCCGUCCACCUGGAGCAUGACGUGGCAAGGCUGCAGGCUGACGUGGCAGCACACGGCGCCCCGUCAUCUCUCUCUGUGGUGCCGCUCUUUGCGUCUGUCUCUCGCCUCCUGGCCGCUGCUCAAGGCAUAGAAGCGGAAUUUCAGCACAUCGCAGCGAGGAGCAGCAGCGCGUGCAGGUGCACGAGGGGGAGGGGAUGCCCCAUGGAGGGCGCAUCUGGGGAAGGCGGCAACUGCCCGUCGUCCAAGGCGUUUGACGCGGUGAACGAGCGCCUCUUUCUGGCGGAGAGAGGGUUCCUGGACGGGCACGGCAUCGGGCCUCACUACACGUGGUUCAAGCACCUGGUGUACGGCCCUGAGAAGGACAACGACUAUGCCACGUCACCAUUCCCCGGGAUCCGAGACGCCAUCGCUGAUGUCAUCAAAAGCAGCGCCUCCAAAAAGGAGAAUCCCGAGGCUGAGGCUGGUGGUGCUAUGAAGGGGAGUGACAUUAACGAGGAUGGGGAGGAGUGGAGUGCGGUGCAGCAUGAGAUCUUCCGGGCGGCACGGGCGAUUGAGAGGGCGGCGAAGAUCCUUGAAGGGCAGCUGCUGUGA